AUGUCGAGCGAGGAAGCAAAGAAGAAGACGAAGAAGAAGGAGAAGUCGGGCGUCAAAGCCAAGCACGCGAAGAACGCAGAGCAAAAUGACAGUGAGCCGGUAGUCAGCGCCGAGGCGGGCGCGAUGAAGCCAAAGGAGAAGAAGAGCAAGAGCAAGAGCAAGAAGAGGCGCCUGGAGGAGGAGGAGGAGGAGGAUGGGGAGGGAAAGGCUGCUCCUGUCGGGGAAGCAAAGGGGGAGGGAAACGGGGCGGCUGAGCAGCAGGAGCGCUCACGGAAGAAGAAGCGCGUGUCGUUUUCUGCGGAGACGGUGGUGCGGGAGGUGGAGGAUGUUCUGCCGGUUGUGGCUGAAGAGGAGGAGGAAGGGGAUGCGGAUGGGGAGGCGGAUGAUAAUGAGAAGAAGAAGAAGAGGAAGAAGGAGAAGAAGGAGAAGAGGAAAGAGAAGAAGGCGGCGACGACGGAGACGGCCGGGGAGGGAACUGGCUCUGAUGCGGCAAAGGUCCAUGAGUCUCCUCUCCUCUCGUAUCUCAAUCUGUACCACAAGCACCGCGCCGCGUGGAAGUUCCAGAAGAACCGCGAGACGCAUCUUUUCAAGCACAUCCUGUCGCUGGACCAGGUCCCCGCGGAGUACAACGCUGCGCUGCUUGCCUAUCUCCGGGGCCUCAAGAGCGAGGGCGCGAAGGAGCGGCUGCGCCAGAUGGCGGAGGAGGUUGUGAAGGCCGAGGCGGAAGAGAGCGCGGCUGAGGGACAGGACGAGGAGACGGAGGAGAAGGCCUCGCCGGAUAUGACGGGCUACAACCAGGUGGUGGAGGAGCUUCGGAAGCGUUUGUCCCAGGGCAGGGAGGAUAUAGAGGGCCUUGAGAUGCCGGAGCAGCUGGAGGGGGAUAAUCUGAAAAAGCUCCAGAGGCGGCUACGUGCGGAGCUCGUGUUUUUCGCAGUCACGGCCAAGCUGUUCUAUCCUGAGAAGGCGAAGAAGCGUGGGCCUAGCACCCAGGCGCCGCCUGUUAAGAAGAAGAAGAAGAACCGGACGGCCUUCAUCGAGAUCUCGAGCAGCAGCGAGAGCGACAGUGAUAGUGACGGCGACAGCAAGAAAGUCACUAAGAAACCCGCCAAGAAAGCUGUGAAGUCGAAGAAGGAGAGCUCUAGCUCUAGCGAUUCCUCGACAGACACGAGCAGUGAUAGCGAUGGCGACAACAACAGCCGCAAGAAGAAAGCUACGAAGAAGAAGAACGAAAGCUCUAGUGAGAGUUCCAGCGAUUCAUCGACGGACUCUAGCAGCGACAGCGAUUGA